CUAAUUUUGAACGCUGCAUAGAGCGGCGGGAGAGAAAUGCUCUUGUCGAGACAUCUCCGGCGAUUCGAUCGACUUCGAAUCGUUUCUUCACCCUCCGUUCGUCUUCUAUCUGCAAAACCCGUUUCCGACGAGAAGCUCCGAUGUCAGGUGGAAGAGUCCAGCUACGAUCAGAGAACAGUAUGCGAAGCGAUCACAUGCUACAGCAACGACUGGCAAAAGGCGUUGGAGUUUUUCAACUGGGUCGAGAAGGAAUCCGGAUUCGAACACACCACCGAGACGUUCAACCGCAUGAUCGAUGUUCUCGGUAAGUACUUCGAGUUCGAUGCUUCCUGGUCUUUGGUUAACCGGAUGAAGGAGAACCCCGGUUCGAUUCCCAAUCACGUCACUUUCCGAAUAAUAUUCAAGCGUUACGUCACGGCUCAUCUUGUUCAGGAGGCUAUAGAUACUUACGAUAGGUUAGAUGAUUUCAAUUUGAGAGACGAGACGUCUUUUUGUAAUCUCGUGGAUGCGCUUUGCGAGCAUAAGCAUGUGGUUGAAGCAGAGGAGCUCUGUUUCGGGAAGAGUGUGGUUGGUGUGAGUAGUAACACUACUAAGAUUCAUAACUUGAUUCUUCGCGGGUGGUCGAAGCUGGGAUGGUGGGGGAAGUGCAAGGAGUAUUGGGAGAAGAUGGAUAAGGAAGGUGUUGUGAAGGAUCUGUUUUCGUAUUCUAUUUACAUGGAUAUAAUGUGUAAGAGUGGGAAGCCUUGGAAAGCUGUGAACUUGUACAAGGAGAUGAAGAGGAAGAGGAUCAAGCUCGAUGUUGUUGCGUACAACACUGUUAUUCGCGCCAUUGGAGCAUCGGAAGGCGUUGACUUUGGUGUUAGAGUGUUUAAGGAGAUGAAGGAGAGAGGCUGUGAGCCUAACGUCGCGACGCAUAACACGGUUAUUAAGCUUUUGUGUGAAGAAGGGAGGGUGAAGGAUGCGUAUGGGAUGCUUAACGAGAUGCCUAAGAGAGGUUGUCAGCCGGAUUCGAUUACUUAUAUGUGUUUCUUUGCCCGUAUGGAGAAACCGAGAGAGAUCCUGAGUCUGUUUGGUAGGAUGAUAAGGAGUGGGGUUAGGCCGAGGAUGGAUACUUAUGUGAUGCUUAUGAGGAAGUUUGAGAGAUGGGGGUUUCUUCAGCCGGUUUUGCAUGUGUGGAAGACGAUGAAGGAGUCUGGGGAUACUCCUGAUUCGGCUGCUUAUAACGCUAUGAUUGACGCUUUGAUUCAGAAAGGGAUGUUGGAAAUGGCUAAGGAGUAUGAAGAUGAAAUGGUUGAAAGAGGGCUGUCUCCGAGGAGAAGGCCUGAGUUGGUAGACACGUCACUAGAAGAAACGCUAGUUUGUAGAUAAUAGAAAAGUCCGUUGAAGAAACUAUUGUUUGGUUAUUUGUUCAAAACGGACAAACAUGUCAAUGAAGCGAUCUUUGGUAUCAAGAAGCUUCCUGCGGUUGAAGAAAUCGCCCAAAGCUUGAAAGAGGGGUGGAUCAAGUGGGUGAGUGAAGAAACCGUGAGAGCAUGAGUCUUAAGCAAGUAAACCUCUUGGUCGAGAUUUAGUAUAAUGUAGUAUAUUCAUUUUGAAGUGUAGUUGCCUUUGUUGUAUUUGGUGAGGUGAUUUUUUUUGGUAAGGAUAUGGAAACGAUAUGAUUUUUAUCUUCAUGUAAACAUAAAAUCAUGAAGUCAAUCUUAAUGCAGUUUUCCGUUUCAAAAA